AUGGGUCUGGUGAAUUCAGAAAAUGGAGAAGUGAGGCAGGCUUUGGUUCAAUUCAUGGGGAAACUUUCUCCGGGGAAUGUGCAGAGAGACGCGAAUUGGGGUUGGAACGAGACUUCAGACCCAUGCACUGGCAAGUGGCAGGGCGUUACCUGUGACCGCGGGUUACAAAAAGUAAAGAAGGUAAUUCUUGAUCAGCUCAAUCUCACAGGAGUUCUUGAUCCCAGUUCUCUUUGCGAGGCGAGGUCUCUUGGUGUUCUGAGCCUGAAAGACAAUAAUGUUGUUGGAAAUUUGGCAGAGCAGGUAUCAAAUUGCAAAUAUCUGACUCAUUUGUAUCUAAGUGGCAACCGUUUCUCAGGCAAUCUUCCAGACUCUCUCUCCCAGUUGAGUAAUUUGAAGAGGAUAGAUGUAUCGAGCAAUGACUUCUCUGGUGAGCUGCCAGAUAUGUCAAGAAUCUCAGGCUUGCUAACCUUCCGUGCUCAAAACAAUGAACUCAAUGGAACAAUACCAAUGUUUGAUUUCUCUAACCUUGUUGAAUUCAAUGUCUCCAACAACAAUCUCAGUGGUCCAAUUCCUGACGUCAGUGGCCAUUUCAAUGCAAGCAGCUUUUUGGGUAAUCCUGGACUUUGCGGAAAGCCACUAUCAAAUGAUUGCCCACCAGCUCCACCUGCUAAUAAGAAAGGCUCAUCAAACAAAAAGUAUCUUUAUCUUAUUUACUCCGGCAUCGCUAUUCUCGGGCUGAUUGUUGUGAUCUCUCUUGCCCUGGCAGUGAUAAAGAGAAGAAACAAGCCCAAAGAAGAAAAGACUGAUGUUGUGAAAAAAGGGGUACAAGUUGAUAUUAGAGUCAACAAGACUAGUGCUUCCAGUGACUUAAAGACUGGAGGUGACAGGUCAGAGUAUUCAACCUCUGGGGAAAAUGGAAUGGUGUCAACAUCACAACUAAUAGUUCUUUCGAGUCCGGUGGUGAACGGGCUGAAAUUCGAGGAUCUACUCCAAGCUCCGGCUGAAUUGGUUGGGAGAGGAAAGCAUGGGAGUCUCUACAAGGUCACACUUGAUGGUGGGGUGAAUCUGGUUGUCAAAAGGAUUAAGGAUUGGAGGAUUCCAAAAGAGGAUUUCAAGAAGAGGAUGCAGAGGAUAGACCAAGUGAAGCAUCCAAAGGUAAUGCCAGUUGUUGCAUUUUACAGUUCCAAGCAAGAGAAGCUACUUGUCUAUGAAUAUCAACAGAAUGGCAGUCUCUUCAGGCUUCUCCGCAGUAAGUUCAUCCUUUGCCUAUCAUAACAUGUACUACUAAUUAUAUUCUCUUGUCUGGAGCCAUCUGAUAUGAAGUCACAGGUAGAACUUACCCUUGAAAACUAACUACUAUAUCUAAUACCAUACUCGUGUGGUGUUGGACUCGAAUACCAAAUAAAUAAAUGCAAGGAUAGAAUUCACCCUUGAAAAUGGACUUCAAGGGAAGGUUGUCCAAGAAGUCACAUCCACACAAUCAAUUUCAUAUUGACUGAUGUGAGGCACUCAGGAUGAUAACAC